AGCGAUUCCUCACACUGCAAUUUCCACCACCCUCCUACGACCCUCCUCAAAUCCUCAACAUGUCGAAUCUCUAUCUCGCCGUCAUCGGCGUCGGUGGCGUGGGCACCGCCUUUCUUUCUCAACUCGCUGCCCUCCCUGCUGCUUGCCGACCCACUCUCGUCUUCCUCUCUCGAUCUAGCAAGCAACUCUACAGCCAGAACUAUAGCGCUGUCUCGGCAGCCGACUUGCAGUCGUCGACGUCCAAGCUCCUCUCCAUCCCAGAUUUGACCCAGUAUCUGUCCUCGGCACCUGGGAAAGCCAUAGUGGUGGACAACACCUCGAAUCAAGAUGUUGCAAACGCCUACCCCGCCUUCCUGCGCAGCGGCAUCAGUGUCGUAACCCCCAAUAAGAAAGCCUUUUCAGGAACCUUACAGCUAUGGACUGAUAUUUUCUCUGCGGUGGAACAGUCCAAUGGCAAGGCACUGGUAUACCACGAGUCGAGCAUUGGUGCGGGCCUACCCGUGAUUUCUACUCUCAAAGACCUCAUUGCGACAGGCGACAGGGUCACAAAGAUCUCGGGUGUCUUCUCAGGCACCAUGUCAUUUUUGUUCAACAGCUUUGCACCAGCGGACGGGUCAGGAAAUGCCAAAUGGAGUCAGAUUGUGGCCCAGGCCAAGGAAGCAGGUUACACAGAGCCAGACCCACGUGACGAUCUCAAUGGACUGGACGUUGCCAGAAAAUUGACAAUUCUUGCUCGGUUAGCGGGCCUAAAGGUCGACGGUCCAGAAAGUUUCCCAGUACAGAGUCUGAUCCCUAAGGCUCUUGAAAGUGCUGGGUCGAGUGAUGAGUUUAUGAAGCGUCUGCCUGAAUUUGACGGCGAGAUGGAGCAAUACAAGGAAGAUGCCGUGAAACAGGGCAAGGUAGUGAGGUAUGUGGGCAAUGUGGAUGUGCCCAAGGGUGAAGUCAAGGUCGGCUUGGAGUUUGUGGAGAAGGGUACCCCCAUCGCCAGUCUCCGAGGCAGUGACAACUUGAUCAUGUUCUACACCGAGAGAUACGGGGCCAACCCCUUGGUGAUCCAGGGCGCAGGUGCCGGUGGAGAUGUAACGGCCAUGGGUGUGACCGGGGAUCUGAUCAAAGUGGUGGAGAGAUUACGAUGAGCCUUUGGUCUGGGGAGCAUGAUUGAUAAUAUACCAAAAGUAUUUAGACACGCCGACCUUGAGAGAUUAGAGUCGUUGCGGCCAUCGAACAAUUCAGAUUCGACAGACAGGUUGUCGCCACUCUAAAUACGUGGUGAUCUCGUAGAUUGCGUAGCUAAUGCAGAAACGACGUUGAAGCGAA